UAUUAAAAAUAAACACGACUUUGUUUUGAUACAUGAAGCUACACAGGUAGACUGGUAUGAUCAUUUGCACCUGAAAUCUAUUCCAGAGGGUUUUUUUUUGAGGUGGUAGUGAGCUACCCUAAGCUCAGUAGAGGAACACGUGAUGUAGCCAGAGAUGGACAAAAACAACAACAACAACAGCAGCAGUGAAUCCAGAUCCCUUUAUCUCCAUCUGUUUGAUUCAAGCCCAGUGUGAAGUAACCUGUUAUCAGUGUUACUGCUUCUAAAGCAUUGCUAUAUGUGUGUGGAAGUACCAGUCAGGUAGAGAUUAGAAGGGACACACAAGAUGUCUGAGUGAAAUUAAACCUUAAUCCUCAGUGAAGCCAGCGGUGAUCCCAUGACACUUUACAUCACGUCUGCCUACAACCGGAUUACUACUGGAUAGAUUUUGACUAAACGACAGUGCUUUAUCAGAUACGACUCGAUGGGUGACUCGAUUGUGCGCAUACGAUUUUGUAAACCUAAACCUCUAAAAUAAUCAGAAAGAGCUGGUUUGAGCUGGUCCCUCUUUCUUUUUUCGCACUUUUUUUUAAAACAUUCAGCUGGAUGAGGAAUGGCUGAAGGAAAAGCUCUUUCAUCCCUGACUCACACCUUCUCUAAAAUCUAAUGAGUGCCUUUAGACGUAAUCAUCUACAUUGUUUGAGUUUUGAAACUCAUUUCUGCUGUUGUGUCAUAUCUGGGAGAAGCUCACUACACUGACUACAAGCUCAAGGACAAGCUGUAAAUCCCCGUGUGAGGCAACGCUGAACUCCGAGAUGCUCCAGACCAAUAACUACUCGCUGGUGCUGCUGAUCCAGCUUUCUCUUCUGGCCUUCGACCUGUUUGUUAACUCUUUCAGCGAACUUCUAAGGGCAGCUCCAGUCAUCCAGCUUGUGCUGUUCAUAAUCCAGGACAUCGCCAUCCUCUUCAAUGUCAUCAUCAUCCUGCUGAUGAUGUUCAACACGUACGUGUUCCAGGUGGGACUUCUGUCUCUGCUGCUGGAGAGGUUUAGAGCACUGCUCAUCCUGUCUGCUGUCUACCUCACACUCAGCAUCUGCCUUCACUGCUGGCUCAUGAAUCUGAGGUGGAUGGAAUCAAAUCGUUUCGUCUGGACAGACGGCUUGCAGGUGCUCUUUGUGUUCCAGAGACUAGCUGCAGUUUUGUAUUACUACUUGUACAAGCGCAGCACCGAGUACCUCGGAGAUCCGAGACUGUACGAGGACUGUCCCUGGCUGCGGGAUGCUUUUGCUCGGGCUCGGCUAUGAUCCCGGCCUGAGGAACAACACAGAAACUGCAGACAGUUCAUUACAGGGAUAGCGGACUGGUUUGCAGUCUGUGAUAAAACGUGGAUUCAACACUGACGAAGUGGAGAAAACAAAACUGCUGUACCAGAACUGGUACUGGUACAGUAAAGGAACUAAGAGACUCAUAUAUGUAGAGCAGAAGUAGACACACUUAUGGAGCAUCUUACUGCUGGAUUAUUCAAAACCUUACUAAGAAACACACAAACAAAGAUAAUCUACACUUUUUCACAAUGCGCCAUGGUUUCCAUGUUCUAUUAGUUUCGUGUUACUAUUGGUUAGGCUUAAGUUUUUUUUGUUUGUUUGUUUGUUGUUGUUUUUUAAAAAACGCCAUUCAGCAUUUUGUAUAUGGACGCUGCACCACGUAACAGGCAUAGUUUUAAACGUUGCACUCCUCUCCCAGUCAUGAAUGAUAAACUCUACUGUAUAAGGCGAUGUUACAGUCUAUUGUUGUAGGUAAGUAUUUUUAUAAGAUUUUGUAUUGUUUUGGUUUACUGACAGAAAUAUCGAUUAAAUCUUGAUUAGAUAAUUGGUGAUGACCAAAGAGUGAGUGAGUUUUAGUGAAAUUGAUUCAGUUGAUGUUAUUUCAUCAUUUGUAAGUUUAUCUGCUAUAUGUUCAUCAUCUUAUAAAAUUAUUUUGGAAAACUGUAUUAAUACCCACCAGCUAGAUUCAAAAAUAUUCCUCAGACCUUUUGGUUGUCAGCGUUUCCAAAGUGCCUCUCUUGUAAUCAUUAUGUACGUGUACAGCCAGAACUCGGGAUAGUAAUAUUGGUUAGUAAUAUUACCACAUGGUCAGUGGGCGGAUUUAUUGAUAGCUGGUUGACACGUAGGUCAUCAUUUUGGACAUCAUGUGAGUAAUAUUUAAAAAAUUCCAUUUUAAUAAUAAACAUUUAACAUUGUAAUACCUUGGUUGUCUCUGCUUAUUCUCAGAAUGGUAGCUGUAAUGUAAAAUAAUUCCACAAUGGACCACAGGAUCAUAAAUCAGUGUGUUUAAAACAGAGAUUCCCAAACUAGAGGUCAAAGGCUUGAUUUACAAAUGGGAUCACCCACGAACCCAUAAUCUCCUCUUUUGUUUUAUUAAUUUAUUCUACAAAUUAUUGUUGGAAAAUAUUGCUCUAACUAUGAAGAUGAAUUUUGUAUUUUAAAUGAAGUGUGUACUAUGUUCAGUCUUUUCACUCUAUUUCAAUUCAACAAUAGAAAUGGACAUAUUUCACCAACCAUCAACCUCCUCUAAACAAUUUAGAGUCUCAAAUCGCAUUUGUACAGUAUGCACUAUUCCAGGCCAUUACUGAGUACUAACAAUAACUGAUUUUCCUAUUAUAGUUAGUGUUAGAAUUUUAAAAACCUCUCAUGUCACCUUCACGCCCAUUGAAAGGUCUAGUUUGUGUGCUAGUUUUCUGGAUUUUUUAGAUUAGUAAGGACUUUUACAUUUAAGGCAGUGGUAGCUCAGUGGUUAAAAAUGGUGGACUACUGAGUAGAAGGUCCUGAGCUCAAAUCCCACCACUGCCAAGCUACCACUGCUGGGUGCUUGAGCAAGGCUCUUAACCCUCAACUGCUCCGUUGUAUAAAAUGAGAUACCUGUAAGUCACCCCGGAUAAGGGCGUCUGCCAAAUGCUAUAAAUGUAAGGUUAGAGUUUUCGAAUUGAGACGCAGCUCAUGACAACUGCACAAUUUUUUAACAGAGCUUGCCAUUGUGUUUAAUGUUGCUGUGCAUGAAAUCACUGAACAUUAUUUACAGCUGACUUGGAAAGCUGAUGGAAAGGGAUGUUCUGUUGUAAAUGUCACGUUUUAUCUUCCAGAUGUACAUAAGAUACACAGCCGAGUGUAUGAACAAUGUAGCUCGUAGUAUCACUGCUUCACAUUGGGCUGUAUCACACCACCCCGGCGUGGAUUAUUAUUCUAUAACAACACAACGCUUAUCACUAGACUGGUAAGUCAGUGCAAAAAGUAUUCCUUUGAUUUUUAGUCACUUAAGUAACACAAGAUACUGGCAUAAUGUUCAUUUGGGGUUGUUUGUCCAAAAAGUUUGGGAACCCCUGGUUUAAAGGCUGACAGUGAGCAUUCAAACAUUAUGUGAAGAACUACAGUUACUGCCCUGAGAGCCUGCUCUAUUCUUAUCCGUGAGAUUACAGUAGGAUUGGAGAUUUAGGCACCACAGACAGCCUGCCAGGCAGACAUGUAAUCAGCCCUAGAAAUAUUGGCACCCUUGGUAAAGAUGGCUAAAAAAUAUUUGGGGAAAAAAAAAAUCUUUGAGAAAUCUAACCUUUAAGUGAAGCGCAUUGAUUUCCUUGGCACUCAUGCAUUUAGUACUUUGUCCAAGCUCCCAUUUGCCAACAUCACAGCACUGAGUAUGGAAUGAGAAAUGUGCCACUAUGACCUGAAUUCAAGAUUUACAAAUCUGAAUUUUAUGCCUUUAUUUGAAUUAGGAAGUGAACUUUUGUAGUUGAGUUACAUCAAAGUAGAGUUGUAGUCCAUGACUUGAUUUGUGUGCAAUGGUUAAAAUUCAAUCAUAUAAUAAUGAAGUGUAGAAAAUUUAAAAAAAAAAAAAAAAAAAAAAAAAUGCAGCACAAUCUAUUACAAAUUCAGUUACAACUCCUACAGUCAAAACACUGCCGGCUAAAAUGGUGCCGAGUAAAUCUGUGCCUGUUGGCUUUUCCACAGAUGUUUUGAAAAUUUGAAUCUGAAUUUUAAGAACUGAAUCUGAAACAGAUUGUGCCACCACAAACUGAAUUUGAAUUUUGUAAACCUGAAUAAAAUUUGAUUUCAAAUAUGGAAUACAACUUCAGUUGGAUGUAAUUCAACUACUAAACUUCACUUACAAAUAAAGGCAUAAAAUUCUGAUUUGUACAUGUUAAAUUUCAGAUUGUAUUGUCACAUUUCUCAUUCGAUAACUAAGUCUUAUCCUAUAAUGCUUAAUGAGAUACAGAUUGAAGAAUCCGAUAUUACUCCUGUCUUCAAUAUUCCAGGGUCCUGGGUCUUCUUUUAUGGACUCUUCUGCUUAAACCUCAGGUUCAUUUCGACCCCUUACAGAGGAGACCCUUCACUGUGAAAGGUGGAGCCUUCAGGAGUAGCUUCAUGAUCACUCAUGAUCACUUCAGAAUGGACUACAACCCGAGUCUCCAAGCUCAUUAGACAUUACAGAAAGAACCUCAGUGCUGUUAUUCCUUCCAGAGUUAUUCCUACUUUAAUUGUAAGGGGCCAAUAAUUUUAUACCCAGUGUUUUGCUUACUUUAAAACAAGAACAAAAUCCAAAUGAUAGCAAUUUUUUUUUCAUUAACAAAAUAAAAUCAUUUAAGUUCAUUCAUUUAUCUGUUAUUUAUACAUUUUUAUCUGGACUAAAAUUGAACUGAAGCAAGUUCACUGUAAACAAAACCUGGACCUGAAUAGCUCACAUUAACUCUUGUAAUAAGGGUGUGUAAUAACUGUGUAGCCAUUUUGGCCAGGAUUGCUAAAC